UACAUGGGCUCGCGGAACAACCGGUUCAUGAAUGCCGAACAGGCCAGCAAGAACCGGAUACAGCCGCCAACCAAGAUACUGCACUUUUUCAACACACCGCCGGGCAUGAAAGAAGAGCAGCUUUUCAAAGUGUUCGAUGAGGCGGCGGUGAGGAAGCCGGCGUCGGUCAAGUUUUUCGAGUCGAAAAGCGAGCGAAGUUCGUCUGGUCUGCUUGAAUUCAAAGAGGUAGACGACGCCCUCAACGCACUCGUCGCCGUCAACCACGCCUCCAUUCCCAACCCGGCUGGUGGCAAGUUUCCGUACAUCAUGAAGCUGUGUUUUUCAACCUACAAGAAGCGAGAUUGAACCGUGGUGCAUUUUUUUUUUUCUGUUUUGUUGAGUGGUUUCUCUUUCUUUUUUUUUUUCGUUGCGAUGCCGAAUUGCGGGUCAAUUUGUUGGUCGCGAAACGAGGUCCCGAAAAAGAGUGUGAAUGAGUGAGAGUCGCUGACUCGCGUUUAUUUCUCUCGUUUCCUUCUCGAAUUGUAUCCCAAAGUUCGCUUUUUUCGGUUUUGUUUUGUUUUUUCUCUACGGAUGUGAGGGAAAAAGGGAUUUUGAAAAAGGGAUGAUUGCAGAGAAAGAGAAGAGAGAGAGAGAGGGAGAGAAAAGGUGUCCCCGGAACCCCCGGAAAGUGAUUUCGACGUGAGAUGCAGUCGGAACCAGCUGAUUUCCGACGCGAACGAUAUUUGUGUUCCCGAUCCUGUUUCUGCAGGGAAAAAAAUGGGAGAGAAAAAUGUGUUUUCCGAGUGCUAUUAUUUUUACUUUGCGUUGAUGGCAAAAAAAACAAAACAAAAUUGUUCUCUUUUUUUUUUCUUUCAUGGUUUGCAAAAAGAAACAAUUUUGCGUGUGUGUUUGGGAUGAAGAGAGGAAAACCCCCCGCGGGACUCGGCGAUACCAGAAACUUUUUCGUUUGUUUGUUUCCGUUUUUUUUUUGUGCUCGCUUGCUUUUGGAUCUCUCCACUUGUCCCAUACUGCGCCCCCUUCCGGCAAAAAAAAACAUCUGCCGAGGCGCCCAAUACACUGCUUUUCACGGGAAAGUUGACUCUCAAAUGCAAAAAAGAAAGACAUGUACCGGCUAUGUGCCAAAAUCAUACCCCUCAAAUCCAACAGCUCAAUUAAAAAAAAAAAAUUCAGCAAGUUCAUGUCUUCACUUUUUAAACAAGGUCCCCAAUUGCAAUUAAGUCCUUUUUGCCCAUGUUGUGUAUUUGGCGCCUAAGAAAAAGAAAAGGAGGGCUAUGCAACAGUAUUUGUUGGUUGAAACCGAGUCAUUUUGCACGUGCGAAAAAAGACGGAAAGGAUACCUUUUUUUUUCGGAGAAGACAGAGAGAAAAAAAACAAGAUUUCUGUUCCAUUGACCGAUUUUGCAAAAAUCGGAAUCAAAGUGAUCAUGAUGUCCCUUUUGUCUGGUGUCAAAAACAGGAAAGAAUGCUUUGAAACCUUUUUUGGUGUGCUGAAAAACUGCCCAAUGGAGAAUUUUCUGUUCUCAGUAUCAAUUUUUUACACAGCAAAUAUGAAGCAAGCGAGUUCAUCUUGGGAGAAAAACGGGAAACUUCAAGGACUUUAUGAUGCUGGUUAAUUUUGCAAAAAAAUGUUUGCGCGGUCAUUUUAUCUUUGAAACGAGGUACGAUCCCGUUUUCAAAAGAAUUCUGCAUCAUUUUUGAAUUCCCAUUCAGUCAUUGAGAUUCUCUCAAAAAUAUUGUCAAAGUAGAGGUUCCAAUACUUUAAAGACAGUUCCUCCACGAAAAAAAGUUGCGGGAAAAUGAAUUUGUGGUUUCUACAGAAAAAAUCUGAGUUACCUUCUUAGCAUUAAACUGCUCCAAGCAUUUUUGACCAGCUGUGAAAUUGCAAAUUUUCUUCUAAUGGGAUUCUAUUUGACGAAGUUGAAAGGCAUGUUACCUCUUUUUAUUUGCCAAGAUGAACUCCCAAAAAAAUACUCGAUUAUUCAGUCUGCAUUUUCAACAGCACAUGCAUACCUUGAACCAUUUGCUGUCCUAAAACAAAAACAUGCUAUUUGGAGAAUCUGAAAAAGCUCAGAUGGGCGCAGUUUAAUUCCCCGUUGGGGUGUGUUAUUGGCUCUUCCUGUUCCUCAUUGCAAUUCCUCAACCCCUCUGCCAAGUUUUCGCGUCGAUUUCUGUGUACAGAGGAGAAGAAAAUGAAGAGAAAAGAAGGGAAGAGGCGAAGAAAAUGUUUUGGCGUGCGACAUCGUCGUUGGGAAUUCAAAUGUGAGAUGUUUUGGUGUUCGAGUGCUUCGUAAAGAGUAUUGUGAAUCAAGAUUCGAAUGAUGGGGGGGUUCUUUUUUUUGUUGCGGAGAGACAGAGAGAGGAAGAAUUUGCGUGCAAGGGUUGGAUUUUUUUUCCCCCCCUCGGUUUUAUUUGUUGCCCCUUUUUUUCGUGUGGCUCUCUCUCUCUGCCUGCGCUUCUGCCGCCGGCAAUUUUAGGGUACAUUUUCUGCAAAAAAAAGCAAAACGAUCCCCUUCCAUACUUCCUCAUAUAUACUCUCGCACAUUUUUAUACUCUUGAAGCAAACAUGACAUGAUUCUCCUCCUCCCCUGUUUUUUUGUUUGGUAUAUCAAAUAUAUGCCACCCACCUUUUUUUCAACCCAACGAAUACAUAGUGUACACUGCAUCAUGCAAAGAAACAUGGCCCAACACUGUUCAAAUACACACACACUGCUUUUUUGCUGUGAGAAAAAU